AUAAUAUAAUAAAAACUGGAAGGUUUUUUAGAAGGAGAUAGAGUAGAGAUUAGAUAGACUAUAGAUAGAGAGAAGAAGUUGAGGCGGCGGGUGAGGAGGAGAGGAUUGAGGGCCGAGUUGUUGUUGUUGUUAUUAGUUCUAUUCUAUUCUACUUACGAGUUAAGACUAAUAAUAAUAAUCACAACACACAAGUAGUGAGUGAGUGAGUGAAUGAAUUCAAAAUCAAAAUCAUCAAAAUCAAUGGGUUCUCAAUCUCCUCAUCAUCACAAUAUAUGGGUUGUAUUGGGUCUGGGUUUAGCAGGAGGAAUUUAUUUAUUAACAAGAAAGCUUAAACAAUCUAUCAAAGAGGAUUUCGGCGCUUUCAUUCAAAAGCUUCAGUUGCUUCCUCCUCCACCUCCUGCUCCUCCCAAAGCACCUCAUCCACUCACAUCCCUCACUUUUGCAAUUUCCGACUUAUUUGACGUAGAGGGACAUGUGUCGACGUUUGGUCAUCCGGAGUGGGCUAGGACGCACGAACCUGCUUCUUCUACAUCUCCAGCUGUUUCUACUCUUAUUCAAUCCGGUGCAACCUGUAUUGGAACUACCGUUAUUGACAACUUCGCUUAUGGCAUCAGUGGCCAAAAUAAGCAUUUUGGAACACCUACCAAUCCCGCUGUCCCUGCUCGUGUACCCGGCGGUUCCUCUAGUGGCGCUGCCGUCGCUGUUGCUGCUAAUUUUGUUGAUUUCUCCUUGGGCGUUGAUACUUCUGGAGGGGUCAGAGUACCUGCUGGAUUCUGUGGGAUACUUGGAUUUCGACCCUCACAUGGUGCUGUUUCUCAUGUGGGAAUCAUACCCAUUUCAACAAGUCUGGACACUGUUGGUUGGUUUGCAAAGGAUCCUGAUAUACUGCGUCGAGUUGGGCAUAUACUUUUACAAGCACCAUUUCUAAUGCAACGCAGUCCCCGGCAAAUUGUUAUAGCCGAUGACUGUUUUCAACAACUAAAUGUUCCUCUUGACAGGAGUUCUCAAGUGGUGAUCAAAGCCACUGAGAAGCUUUUUGGAAAGCAAGUAUUGAAGCAUAUAAAUCUUGAGGACUAUAUAAGUUCUAAAGUUCCCAGCUUGAAGGCAUAUUCCAACCAAAAAUUAAAUGGUGAACUGAAAUCUUCUUCGUUAAAAUUGCUUGCCAGUAUUAUGCAAUUUCUACAAAGACAUGAAUUUGGAAAUAAGCAUGAUGAGUGGAUGAGCAUAGUAAAACCUGAUCUUCAUCCAGCUGUUUCAGCACAAUUGCAGGAAAAAUUUGACGUAUCUGAAGUUGAGAUUGAAAACUCUAAAUCUGUUAGAACUGAGAUGCGUGCUGCUUUAAAUUCACUUUUGAAGGACGAAGGAAUUUUGGUGAUCCCUACUGUGGUUGAUCCUCCUCCAAAACUAGGUGGAAAGGAGAUCCUAUCUCAGGAUUAUCAGAGCCGUGCAUUGAGCCUGCUAAGUAUCGCUAGCAUAUCAGGUUGCUGUCAGGUUACAAUACCAUUGGGAUUUUAUGACAAGUAUCCUGUUUCAGUGUCCUUGAUAGCCCGACACGGUGGUGAUCGCUUUUUGCUUGACACACUAAAGGCCAUGUAUACAAUUUUCCAAGAGCAAGCUGAUAUUGCUGCCACGAGUAAAUCAUCAAAAAAUGUUGUCAGCAAGGAACAAGCUGCUGAGAUUGCCAAAGAAAAGGGAAAUCAAGCCUACAAAGAUAAGCAGUGGCAGAAAGCCAUUGGAUUUUACACUGAAGCUAUCAAACUCUGCAGCGAUAACGCAACAUACUACAGUAACAGGGCUCAAGCGUACCUAGAACUUGGCAGUUAUCUCCAAGCUGAGGCAGAUUGUACAAAAGCAAUAGGUCUUGACAAAAAGAAUGUGAAGGCCUACUUUCGUAGAGGUACAGCUAGAGAGAUGCUAGGCUACUACAAAGAAGCAAUUGAUGAUUUUAAAUAUGCCGUUGUACUUGAGCCAACCAACAAAAGGGCUGCUUUAUCUGCUGAAAGGUUGAGGAAACUAUUUCAGUAGAUAAAUAAUUGGGAAUACAAGAUUUGAGAGCUGAAUAACUGGUCUUGGUUGGGUGAUGCAUGAUGCUGGUUUUUAUGCCCCGAGACGAUCGGUGAGUUUAUUGUUACAAUAAUCAUACAGGAGUGAUCUGACUCGUGGUUUCUGCAUGAUAUUGAUUCUUUUGUCAUUCGUGGUUCGGCAAUUUAUACCUGGAAACCAGAUUGAAUCUCAAUUUUGCUUAGGUAAAUAUUAGGAUUGUAAUAUCAGUCAAGUCAGGCAACUGGUCAUGGGAAUAGCUCAGGAUUUAUCUGUGCUUUUUUUUUUUUUCCUUCUUAAAAAUACAUUGUACUUCACGGGAUCUUUGCUCAUGUACUUUCAUUUGUUAGUGCUUUUUGUUGUUUGUUACUGACUUUAAGAGGCAAGAUGUACUCUGAAUUUACUACAUCCAAAAGUAAAUCAUGUUAACGGAUAGA